GAUAUUUUGGAACUUGUUAUUAAAAAAAAUUUUAAAGAGUAAUGAGAUUUAUAUUCAAACGAGCAUUCAAAUUCCCGCUCGUAUUUAUCGAUCCACUACACUACCGCCAUCUACAUCGAUUCAAUUUAUGUGAGAGAGAAAAUACCAUACGAAGUUUAGAUUAGUUAAACAAGGAUAGAUAGGAGUGCCACUUUUAUUAGCCGGAGUCCGGCCUCUGUAUACUCUGUGAUUGUAAAGUUGGGUUAAAACGAGAAGAAACUUCAUUUUCGCAUGAAAAUAAAAUGGAUUUUUAUAUAUUAAACGAAAAAGGCGAUGAAAACAUCGAAAAAAACCGAGAAUCAGUCACUUGUUCUUCAGACGAAAUCGAACGAUUACUCAACAAUUAUAACGAUUUUAUCAAAACUAACAAUAAGCAAAAUUUGAAAUCUAAUGAACAAAAUUCCAAGGAUAUUAAACAGAAUAAAAUAAGGGAAGUUUUAAAAACGUCAUGUUUAAAGAAUUUGGAUUCAGGACCAAUUGGUGCUUAUGUAUUAACUAAACGAGAAAAAAUGAAGUUGAAAAAAGCUGAAAAUGAUAAAAGUAAAGGUUCAAAAUGGUUUAAUUUACCUGCUCAAGAACUUACUGAGGAGGUUAAAGCUGAUUUGGAGGUUUUAAAAAUGCGUUCGGUGUUAAAUCCUAAACAAUUUUAUAAAAAGAAUGAUUUAAGUGUUUUGCCGAAAUUUUUUCAGGUUGGUAAAGUUAUGGACAACAAAUUAGACUUUUAUAGCGACCGAUUAACUAAAAAAGAGAGAAAACGUACCUUGGUUGAUGAACUCCUUGAUGAUGCCGAAUUUACUAAAUAUAAUAAAAAGAAAUACAAGGAGAUUAUCGAAGAAAAACAUAAAUUUAGUUAUAAACAUUCGAAAAAGAAUCGAAAAAAAUUUUAAAUUAAAUUUUUUUUUUAAUUCACGUAUAUAAUUUGUCUUUCAUCCGAUAGAUGUCGCUAAAAAAAUCUGUUUUGACAGUU